UUCCCUUAUGAUUAUUCGCUUCAACAAGAAGGCCAAUGAAGAUGAUCACAUCGAUCGAAUCAGUAACUUACCAAGUAACGUGAUUGAUGGCAUUCUACAACACUUGAGCAUCCGAGACCUAAUUAGGACUAGUAUUUUGUCAAAGAAAUGGAGGUAUAUGUGGAUGUUAGUCCAACAACUUGUCUUUGAUGGAUCUUUUUGUGAUAGGUUCGAGUAUCUCCAACACCGUGGCUUUGAAAUGUCUUAAAUUUUCACCAAUCUUCUUAUGCUCCACAAUGGGCCGGUACAUAAGUUUACUCUUUUAAUUUGAUCAGGGUUCCAAUUUCAAGGUCACAAUGGAAUACCUCAAUAUGUGGAUUCUGUUUUUGUCAAGGAGGGAGAUUAAAUAUCUUGAGCUUGUCAACUUACAAGCAGUUCCUGAACAAAUGCUGUAUCGUGUAUUCUUUUGUAAGGAAUUGACUUGCUUUAAAUUUGGUGGAUUUAACUUGUCAAUUCUGCCUCAUUUCUGUGGCUUUCAAAGAUUGCUUAGUCUUCACUUAGAAGAUGUUAGAUUCGAGUCAAGUGCAUUUCAGAGUUUUAUUUCUGCUUGUCCGUUACUUGAAGAGCUCAACAUUUCAUUAUGCGAUUGUUUUGAAUAUUUUGAUUUUUCUGCUCCUACUCUCGAAGUCUUAUCCCUACAAUGUAAUCAAGAUAUGAAGUCAAUUUGUCUCAAGAAAGUAAACAAUUUGAUUGAUCUUAUACUCAAGAUUAAUCAGGACGAAGGUAUCUGGUUUGAUAAAAAGUUUGCCAAAAAUUCAGAGGUUUUCUAUGGGAUCAUGGUUUGAUGACAAAAAGGUUAGAAAACCACAUCACUAAUCUUAGUGUUUUAUUAUUGUUCGGUUGGAUAAUAGGAUUCUGGUACAUAUGUUCGUUUGGUAGAUAUGAUAUGAAACAGAGAAGAGCAUAAUAUUCUGUUGACAUGUGGGUUUGUUCAGAUGUAUAUUUUAUUGUUUUUAACGCCCCUUCUAUCUAGUCUAGCCUCGUGGUUUGAUAUAUUAAAGAUUGUAUCUUACUCUUUUAUUGUAUAUUUGAAAGAGAAGCAAUUUUAAAUUUCGUUUGAUGCUCCAAUCCAAUAUUUACAAUUGAAAGUUGUGUUUUUUCU